GCGCCUCACGGCGCGAUGCAGCUGCAGUGGGAGGGAGAGGAAACCCACCCCCCUCGCCCGGCGGCCGCCUUUGUAACCGCUCGGCCCGCCGCGCCGCCCGGCCCCACUCGCAGCAGCUCGGGGAGCGCCGGAGCGCGGCGGCGGGAGCAGAUGGAGCCGGAGGGUUGCCCUUGUUCUCCUCUUCAAAUCAAAUGUCACAUUGACUCAAAUCCGGCUUUGGAAGCAUGUGGGGAACUGCAGCACAUCGGCUCGGCGCAAUGUAUCCAUCAAACUGGAAGGAAGCCCAAAACCAAAACUCCGCUGGCCAAAAUGCAUCCUCUGCAGAAACCCCAAGUACCUCCUAAGCCUGUCCAUCUCAAACCUGGACAGGAAAGAAUUCCUCCAGCACCUUCUCGGCCUUUGCCAGCUGAUCCCAAGUCGUCGAGGAGCUUAGCGCCUGGAGAGGAAGAAAUACCAAUAUCAGCAGGAGUCAACACGCUCAUUGAGAAAUUUGAAAGUAUUAGGCAACCUGCACAUGUUCUUCAAAGAAACCAGCUAAAUUUAGCUCUUAAGAUGGAACCUGGCCUGGACUCAUCCAAACCACCGAGUUCGUGUGACUGUGACGUGGUAGCUUCCAGCGGCUCUUCCACAAAUGAAAAAAGCGAACCGGAUGAAAACGAGCCAGACGUACCGUGCGGCACGGAUCUGUCUAACACAGACAUAAUGAAAAUCAAAGAGCUGAGCAUAGGCGAUGGCAAAAGCCAUGAAGACUGUACUGCUGUGAACGUGAGCAAAGAGCCCUCUGGAGAGCUCGGCAAUAAAGACUCAACUGCAGAACUGAACGGUAAUGGGAAAAUUCCCAACAGAGACAGUGGCAUUGACAGUCCUUCUUGUAGCGUGGCAGGGGAGACUUUCCCUAGCGAAGAAGGUGCAGAGCAAAAAAAGCCCAGCGUGGCUGGGAACCCAGGGGAGAUGGAACCUGACAAAAAGGGCCCCAAACCUUCCUCUGUGGAGCAGAAGAGAGACUCCACGCAGGAUGAAGACAGUGACAUUGAUGAAGGAAGCAGCGAAGAACAAGAGACAGCAGAAGUGCCCAAGUUAGAGUACUUGGAUGUAAACAAGUGUACAGAGCCCCAAAAGCUAUUCAACAUCGCAAAUGAACUGCUCCAUACAGAAGAAGCGUACGUUAAAAGACUCCAUCUGUUGGAUCAGGUUUUUUGCACUAAGUUGUCAGAAGCAGGUAUUUCAUCUGAAGUGAUAACGGGCAUCUUUUCAAAUAUUUCUUCCAUCUAUUGUUUCCACGGACAAUUUCUUCUUCCUGAGCUCAAAACAAGAAUUACACAAGAAUGGAACGUCAACCCACGGCUGGGAGAUAUCCUACAGAAACUUGCUCCUUUCCUGAAGAUGUACGGGGAAUACGUAAAGAACUUUGACAGGGCAAUGGACAUGGUGAACACCUGUAUGCAGAGGUCCUCUCCGUUCAAAGAUGUUGUUCAGAACAUACAGAAACAGGAGGUGUGUGGAAACCUGACAUUACAGCAUCACAUGCUUGAACCAGUGCAAAGGAUUCCUCGUUAUGAGCUUCUCCUAAAGGACUAUUUAAAGAAACUUCCUGAAGAGUCUCCAGACAGAAAAGACGCUGAAAAGUCACUGGAACUCAUAUCUACAGCAGCGAACCAUUCGAAUGCAGCCAUCCGAAAGAUGGAAAAGAUGCACAAGCUUUUGGAAGUCUAUGAGCGACUCGGUGGUGAAGAGGACAUUGUUAACCCAGCCAAUGAGCUCAUUAAAGAAGGACACAUUCAGAAACUUUCAGCAAAGAACGGCACAGCACAGGAUAGGUAUUUAUUCCUGUUUAACAGCAUGGUGCUAUACUGUGUGCCAAAACUGAGACUGAUAGGCCAGAAGUUCAGUGUUCGAGAGAAGAUGGACAUUGCAGGACUGCAGGUCCAAGAAAUUGCCAAGCAAAACGUGGCUCACACAUUUUCAAUAACAGGAAAAAAGAGAUCGCUGGAACUGCAAGCCAGGACAGAAGAGGAGAAGAGGGAAUGGAUUCAGGUCAUUCAAGCAACAAUUGAAAAGCACAAACAGAACAGUGAGACAUUCCGAGCUUUCAAUAGCUCUUUUUCUCAAGAGGAGGAGCAUCUUCCUGAUUCCUCAAUAGCAAGCACCAGCUCGGUGGAAUCGAUGCCAGGAGCAGACGGUGGUGGUGCAUUUGGAGGGAGUGAUUCCUGUAGGAAAUCUUCCAAAUCCAAACGAGACAAGGAGAAACAGGCUUGCAAGAGCUGCAGCGAAAGCUUUAACUCCAUCACUAAAAGGCGGCACCACUGUAAGCAGUGUGGGGCAGUGAUCUGUGCAAAAUGCUCCGAGUUUAAACCACUUGCAGAUAAUAGCCGUCAUAACCGAGUGUGUAAAGAGUGUUUUCUGCAGUUACCGGCAAGCCCAUGCAGCCCUGGCGUGGAAGCGGUUGGAGAACAAAAGAAAAGACUGGCUGCAGAGAAGCAAAGCAUCUUAGCAGCUGAGAACAGCCUCUUCAGCAGCUACCUCCAGUUCCUUGAAAAAGGGAAGACUUGGUACAAAAUGUGGGUGACCAUCCCCAAGACUGAACCUCUUGUUCUGUAUCUGCAAGGAAGUAGCCAGGAUGGACGGAGCCCACGUCCUAUUCCUCUGCCCGGAUACGAAGUCAGUUUGCCGGGUUCUGGUGAGAAGUUUGAAGUGAAGCAUGUUUUUAAGCUUUGCCAGUCCCAGCAAACUUUAUAUUUCAGUGCGGAAGAUGAAGAACUGCAGAUGAAAUGGAUGGAAAUUCUCACCAAAGCAGCCAAAGGGGAAACUGAAGAUACAGCUGAAGGGCUUGGCAACCCGUAG